AUGGCUUACACUUGGUCUAUUAUUCAAAUUCUUUUUCUUAUCUUCUUUGUUUCUCAGCUUCCAUGUUCUACCUGUCGACCUGCUAGUAUAUACUUCGAUCUAGAGAGAGAUCAAUCAACACAACAAUAUAUGAUCAAAAUCAACCAAGGAACUCCUCAAUCUACACUGAGACUAGUUCUUGAUUUCGGGGGAAAACUACCCUGGAUCCAAUGCCUUAAAGACUACAAUUCAUCAUCCAUCCGAUCCAUCAAAUGCACGUCAUCUAUAUGCUCUCUUGCCAGCAAACCAGUCAAUACAUGUAUUCCCAAAAAAGCUUGCAGCAUUUACACAAGCAACCCAGUUACUCAGUCUGUUGGCGAAGGUGAGCUCGUGUCAGAUCUUGUAGCUGUUAGAUCUAACUUCAAGGAUGAGGAUGGGAUACCAGUUGGUUCACCUCGCAGGUUUACAUUCGGUUGUGCAACUACUGCUAAUAUCUCAGGUGGGAUUUCUGACGAUGCUGACGGAGUAGCUGGUCUUGGGCGUUCAUCUGCUCUUUCUCUAGUUUCACAAUUUACAGUUGGACUUCGAUUACCUCGCAUAUUUGCUCUUGAAUUUUCAGGAUGGUUUACACAUCAUAUUUAUUUUGGCGGUGGUCCUUACAUUAAUUUUGAAUUUUCAACGAAGAUUGAUAAAAAUCCUAGAGUUUUAGGUUACACUCCAUUUUUGGUUAACCCAAAAAAUAAGGAAGACUAUUUCGUUGAUCUUAAAUCGAUCCAGAUACACGGUAAAACUGUACCGAUAGACAAAAAGUUGCUGUCCAUCAACAAGGAAACUGGAACUGGAGGAACCAAAAUCGACAUUCAAACUCCAUAUACUACUUUGGAGUCAUCAAUCUAUAAAGCGUUUGUUAAGGUUCACACUGAAUGGGCUCAUGGCCAGAAUAUUAGCAAGGCUGCUGCGGUUGCGCCUUUUAGCACUUGUUAUACAGCAGGUACUGUACCUGCUUGGCUGGACUGGGGAAUCCGAAUAUCACCACAAACUCUCGUUUUCGUGUUUCCUAAGAUUCGAUGGGAUAUUGUUAAGACGGAUCUGAUUAAAGUUUUUAUAAAGAAUCAAUCGGAUUAUGUCGUCUGUUUGGCUUUUCUUGAUGGAGGUUCAAACCCUUCGACUUCUAUUGUUAUCGGUGCUCAUCAGAUGGGUUUCGCAGAGUUUGAUCUUUCAAGAUCAAGGUUUGGAUUCAUGCAACCACAAUAUAUUCCUGAGUUCUAG